GCGCCAUUGGAUAUCUCGUUCGUCCCAUCCCUGUCGAGUAUGGCAUGGUGCAGCCGCACGUCGAGGAGCCAGAAUCCCCCGGGGGUCGGGCACGCCACGACGGCGGCGAUCGGUCCUGGUAGCUACAACACCGCCAUAGGGGGGGGGUCAUCAUCGAAACCCCCCAAGCCGAGCUUCGCCGCAUUUGGGUCAUCUGGGCUCAAAGACGCGUACCCCGAACUGCCGCUGCACACCCCCGGUCCAGGCGCGUACGCCACCACAAGUCCCGCAGCGUACUCGGUCCCACGGGGCGAGCCCGUGAGCAGCAUGUUCAAGUCAAGCACGGAACGCACCAAGUUUAAGUCUGCGUCUGCGGCGCCAGGACCUGGCGCGUACGCCGCCGCGCACCCAUCUGCAUUCAAGAAGUCUAAAGCCGCGUCCGCCGCCAAAGCAGCAGCAUCGUCCAUGCGGCGAAGCCAGAGCGACCAUACCACGACGAAUAAGCACAAUGGCGGGGGGAUCAAGUGGGUGCGGGUGCCCACAGCGCCGUCGAUUCCAAACGUCGCGCAGAGCUUUGGCUACGAAGAAGGCCCGAAAGGCCAGAUGAUACUCCAACACCCGACGAGAACAGGCCACAGCGGUUGUGCCAACGAUGUGUCUGGGCCGGGGGAGUAUGAUCCGUUGACAGCGAUCCAUCGGUUAGCAUGUACCCGGGCGACGAGUUUUGCCAAGAGCAAGACCAGCCGCGACCAAAAGCCUAAAGCUGCCAGUGCGCCCGGACCUGGGUUCUACCACCCAGAAGACCACGAUCAUCACGCUGCAGUACAAAGCGCCGUGUUCAAGUCGACUCUAACCAGAGAGCGGGCGACGAACCCCAUGACACGAAGAACGGCGUCGUCGGCUGUGCCCGGACCAGGCAGCUACAACGCCGCUGCGACACCGUUGGGCCAAAACGCGAAAAAGCCCGAGCAUUUGCAGUUCUUUGGCAGCACCACGUCACGGUUCGACGCGGUCAAGAAAUGGGGCUCGUCGUCCCCGUGUCCAUCUUCAACGUCCACCCCGUUCAAAAGCCAAAGCCACCACCGAAACCAGCACAACAUUGGGUUCACGUCCACCAAUAAACGCUUUGUCGAUACGAGUCUAGCUAGGGAAAUGUGUGACGUGGGUCCAGGGACGUACCACGCAUCUGGACUGGUCGAAGAACUUCAGCAUCGAGUGAGUGGACGCACGGGGGUAUUUGGCUCAACGACCAAGCGAUUUGAAAGCCCGAUGCCUGCGUCGGUGCUGCAGUCCGUGCUCGAGUCAUCUCCCCCUCGACCAAGCAACCAACAAGAUGACAAAGGGGGUGUCCCUGUCAAGAGCUCGGCGUUUGCGUCGGCGACGAGUCGGUUUCAGAACCCUGCGACGAAGGACGCAGUGCCGUGCCCAGGAGACUAUGAGGUUGCCAUGACGUGGGACAAGCCUGGUGGAAAGGCCGUGUUCGCGUCGCACUUGGAUCGAGGGAGCGCUUUGGACAAGAAGAGCGCCGCGAUGCCGGGACCGGGGUCAUAUGCAGCGCCCGACUCGAUGUUGAAGAGCGCGAAACCCACCACGCAGCGGAAAGACGUGUUUGUGUCGACGGUAUUCAUUGACGAGCAUGCGAGGGUGAUGAUGAUGACGACCUCAUCCACGGUCGUCGACCGUCGUAGGAGCCGCGCUUCAAGAGCAAGCUGGCGCCGCUGGCCAACCUGGUACGAAGAUCUCCAUGCUCUUCUCGUGUGGUGACUCACAAGCUCUUGUUGGUGCAGGGGCCGGGCGCGUACAACCCAGACACGAUCGAGACCGACUGGAACCGACCCACGUACAACAUCACGAUUGCCACGGAAAUGGAGAAACGCAUAUAGCAAGAAAUAGUGUUAUCCAACACGAAUUAGUGUAUUGCCACACCAAAUAGGAACUCAAUCGUGCUAAAUAGUGUAUGAUUCAAC